AUGGUGAACCCCACAAGGAAAGAUUGGAGCCGUCAAUUAGAGGAUGCGCUCUGGGCAUAUAGGACCGCCUUCAAGACGCCGAUCGGAAUGUCCCCUUACCGUCUGCUACAGGAGCUUGAAGAGCUUUGCCUUGACGCGUACGACUAUGCCAAGUGGUACAAAGAAAGGACAAAAAUGUGGCAUGACAAGAACCUCCGAAAGAAGGAGCUCAAGGUGGGACAGAAGGUGUUGCUUUUCCAAUCAAGACUCAAGUUGAUGCUUGGAAAGUUAAGGUCAAGGUGGAUAGGCCCCUAUACCAUCGUCGCCAUACGAGCAAAUGGAGCAAUCGAACUCCAAGGAAGCGACCCUGAUUCGUCUUCCUUUUUGGUGAAUGGGCAUAGAGUGAAGCCUUACAGAGAUGGAACUGAGGUGUGCGUGGUGGACGACGUUCCACUGCUCAUGCCCAACCCUCUCCAGUAA